GACGUGUUACACUAGGACCCCGCUACUUCCGGUUCGGCAGAAACAGUGCUCUGCUCUCAAGUUUAAAACAUGUCUAAAGUAACUUUUAAAAUUACGCUGACGUCGGAUCCUCGGUUACCCUACAAAGUAUUAAGUGUACCUGAAAGCACGCCAUUCACAGCUGUGCUGAAGUUUGCAGCAGAAGAGUUUAAAGUGCCUGCUGCUACCAGUGCCAUUAUUACAAAUGAUGGCAUCGGAAUCAAUCCAGCACAAACAGCAGGAAAUGUUUUCCUAAAACAUGGAUCAGAGCUUCGAAUCAUUCCCCGAGAUAGAGUUGGAGCGGGUCGACAUCCAGCAAGUGUCUGAGCGACCUUCAUCUUGGAUGACAAACCUGCUUGUGUAUUUAUUAUCCAGCCCUGAGAUGUUCAAGUUUGUUCCUUAAAACAGGAGCAGCAAAGACCCAUCUCGGUCAUCCAGCCAUGUGUCCCCUUCAAUGAAUCAUUACCGGACAGAAGACUCCAGUUUGUUCGUUUAUUCAGAUAACCCCAAGUUCUUUGUUUCACAAACAGCUUUAACCUUGGCUUUAGCACAUUAUUCACUUAAUUUUAUACUACAUUCUGUAUGUGAAUUGUACUGCUCUUUUCAUGUCUACUUUGAGAGUCGCUUUAUGUCCGAGGUUUGUAACAUUUGGUAAGAUUCAAUCAGUUAUUUUUGCUUUGUUAUAUUUCAAAGCUCUUGGCAAAUGACUGCAAUAAAAUUGUAGCAGUCUUGUGGAAA